UAUUCGACGAUUAGGUGAGCUAAACGUGUAAUUAAACUAAAUGAAAAAUAUUAUUAAAAAUAAUCGAUUGUUGUCAUUAUUACACAUUACAUAACAAUUUGAAAAUCUACUCUAAAUAUUUGUGUUAUGCCCAAAUUGUCGAAAAAUUCAAUUACGUCGGGAGCAAGAAAAUUAUACAAACGUGCUAAAAUGAAUCUUCCUGGGGAUAAAAGUAGUAAGGAAGGCACCAGUAAAGAAAUAUGUACGUUAGAUGUUUCAAAGGAAGCCAAAAGCUUUUUAGACAAAGUCUUAGGAGACGUAGGUAAAACUUCAGCUACCAAACAGAUUAUAAUUGGUACGACGUCUGGAUGGAUGACUGGUUUCCUUACUAUGAAAGUCGGAAAAGUUGCAGCUUUUGCUGUCGGCGGCGGUAUCAUUAUUUUACAAAUAGCUGCACAUCAAGGAUAUAUCAAAGUUAAUUGGGACAAAAUUCAAAAGAAAGCUGAGAAACUUACGGACAAAGUAGAAGAGAAAAUGACUGGGGAGGGUCCUAGGUUCAUAGAUAAGGUCGAGAGAUACGUUGAUAAAAAAUUAGAUAAAGCAGAACAACUAUUAAAAAAUGGAGAAUCUCGUACAAGACGCUGGUAUCACUCUAUAACUGGUGAUUCGUCAUCUUUCAAACCCACAGAAUUCCAUUUCUUCUUAGCUUCUUUUACAGUAGGCCUCGCAAUUGGUAUGGCUACAGCAAAGUAGGCAAGAACUUGCUUCACUUUGAAUGUUAAUUGAAUAUGUAAUGUUUGUUUAUUCCUAACAAAGAAAUUUCAAACGUAUAAACAUUUAAAUCACAGAUACGAAUUACUGUAUUUCGGUAGUAAAAUAUCGUCAAAGUAAUUAUUAAAAUAUGAAACAUUACAUCUUAGGAAAAUAACUAAGUCAUUAUUUAGUAUUAUAAGAUUAUAGAUCUUUUUUUUCUAUCUAUAAAAUAUACAUCAUUUAAAAAAAUCAUUUCCCAACAAGAAGCCUUCAAACUACUUGUAGCAAAAGUAACGAUUUUAAGAUUUAAGACAUUUGUAUAUUAACGACAAAAUUUUCUUACACUUUACUUUUAUAAAAAUAAUAUUACUAAUGCAUAUAUAUUGAUUUUAACUGAAUUCUAUGUAUAUUUUUAAGAUCAUAUAAUUGUCUUUGAUAAGUAUUAGAAAGAUUAAUUUGUUCUACACGUAACCCUGGCGCAAACAUUUAUUUUCAAUCUCUUAAUAAUAUCAAAUAAUAAAGCGAAAGCUUUUUAUUUUGAUCUGUCUUCGCUUAAUAAUAAGUAUUAUGUUUGAAUUGUGCAUAGAUUUAAUAGAAAGAAUAUUGUUGAAAAGAAAAAAUAAUUUAACGGCAAUUCUGCUAAAGUGUAAUGAAAAUAUUGAAACAAUUGAUUUAUGGGUUUAUCGCGUACUCUUAAACAUAUUAUAUAAUUUUUCUAUACAUAUAAAUAUGUUACCAACGAUAUUAAUUCAUUGUGCAUCUGUCGGAUGAGAAAGUCAAGCGUUACUAGGCGACGAAACAAAACAAAAACGAAAAGAAAGGUAAAGACAAGAAAGGGAUGAUCGAGAACAACAGUCAAUACCUUGUACGAACACGUAGACAGCUAAUUGCGUUGAUACUGACCUUCGUAUUACCAAUAUUCGUAAAUUAGUUUGUCUCUAUAUAUCAUUUAAUUGUAGACAGUUAUAUUUCUGCAUUAUCAUGUAUCCAUAUAUUAAUUACCUUUAGUAAUUAACUGUAUUAAUUUUCAUGCUUUUACCAAGUGAUUUUCUUUCUGUUAUCAUUUAGUUAAUUAAAUAGACUUUUUGUUCUGACAGUCUAUUCAAUCAGCCUGUGAAAUGUAACAAAUACAUUAAAGAUAGUACUUGUAAUGUAAUUUAUGAAGAAAAAAAUGAGAUUUAAGAUAU